AUGAGAUUGCUAUGGACAAUUGUUCCCACCCUGAUGAUCCUUGUUGUCAGCGCCGGCGACAAGGCCGCGCUGCUUGCUUUCAAAGCGCGGGUCAGCCAUGGCGGCUCGCUGGCCUCCUGGAACAGCAGCGUGGGCUUCUGCAGCUGGCAAGGCGUGGUGUGUAGCCACCAGAGGCCAAUGCGGGUGGUGGCUCUGACAUUGGAUGGCGCCGGCCUUGUUGGGCGACUCUCACCCGCCAUUGGGAACCUCACAUUCCUGCGGGUGCUGAACGUGAGAUCCAACUCGUUCCAUGGGGGCAUUCCGGCUAGCCUUGGCCGCCUCCGCCGCCUUCAGUGGCUCUACUUGGACACGAACUCCUUCUCCGGCACAAUCCCUAUGAACCUGAGCGCCUGCAUCAGCAUGAUCAAGAUGAGACUGGACAACAACACGCUUGGCGGGGCCAUCCCAACUGAGCUCAGCGAGAAGUUAACAUCCCUAGAAGUGAUCACACUGAGAAACAACAGCUUCGCAGGGCCCAUCCCAGUGUCACUGGCCAAUAUGUCCCAUAUAUCGUACCUCGAUCUCACCUAUAACCAGCUCACUGGCUCAAUCCCACCAGGGCUUGGCAACAUCCAGAACAUGCAAUAUUUCAGUAUCUUUGGCAACCUCCUCUCUGGUAUGCUCCCGCCUUCUCUCUACAACUGGUCAUCUAUUGAAGUAUUUUCAGUAGGGUUUAAUAUGUUGUAUGGAAGCAUUCCGGGUGAUAUCGGAAGCAUGUUCCCCAAGUUGCAACAUUUUGCCUUGAUUCGCAAUCACUUCAUGGGAACCAUCCCUUCUUCAAUAUCCAACAUAUCUUCACUCGAAGUACUUCGCCUCAUAGAUAAUAGAUUUAGGGGUUACGUGCCUCCUACAUUGGGGAAGCUGGGAACUAUCCAAGAACUGAGUUUGGCUUACAAUAGGAUUGAAGCUAAUGAUAACAAGGGGUGGGAAUUCAUCACUUCUUUGGCAAACUGCAGUCAACUGCAGCAAUUGAUACUCGGCUUCAAUUCUUUUGAAGGUCAACUACCGAAUUCAAUCGUGAACCUCUCAACGAAUCUCCAGAAGUUAUACUUAGGGUACAAUAGGAUCUCUGGGAGUAUUCCUGCAAAUAUCGGCAAUUUAGUUGGUCUGGAAUCACUUAUAAUAGGAAAUAAUUAUAUAUCUGGAGUGAUUCCAGAGAGCAUUGGUAAGCUAGAGAAAUUGAACGAGCUAACCUUGUCAAAUAAUAGGUUGUCUGGACUCAUGCCAUCAUCGCUAGGGAAUCUUUCACAACUGAUUUCAUUUUAUGCAAGCUAUGGCAACUUGGAGGGACCACUUCCAGCAAGCCUGGGGCGAUUGAAAAACAUCUUUGCACUAGAUUUGUCAAGGAACUACAAUCUUAACGGUUCAAUACCAAGAGAGAUCUUCAAACUACCCACCCUUUCUUGGUAUUUGGACUUGUCAUACAAUUCCCUUUCUGGACCCAUUCCUACGGAAGUCGGUAGUUUGGCAAAUCUUAACGAACUUACUCUAUCAGGUAAUCGGUUGUCUGGCCAGAUACCAGAUAGUAUUCAGAACUGCAUAGUGUUGGAAUUGUUGUUGUUAGACAAUAAUUCGUUUGAUGGAAGCAUACCUCAAUCACUGAAGAAUAUAAAGGGACUCAGUAAAUUGAACUUGACCAUGAAUAAGUUCUCUGGUAGUAUUCCUGUGGCCCUUGGCAGUAUUGGAAACCUGCAUGAACUGUACCUAGCACACAACAACUUGUCAGGGUCAAUCCCAUUAGUUCUACAAAAAGUGACAUCAUUGACAAAAUUGGAUGUAUCCUUCAACAAUUUGCAUGGUGAGGUGCCGAAUGAAGGUGUUUUCAGAAAUAUCACUUACUCAGCAGUUGUUGGGAAUAUCAAUUUGUGUGGUGGUACACCUCAGCUUCAGUUGGCUCCAUGCCCCACAGACCCCUUAAACAAGAACAGGAAAAAGAUGUCAAAGUCUCUUGUAAUUUCUCUAGCGGUAGUUGGAGCAAUUGUGUUCUCACUUUCAAUUAUUCUUCUUGCUUGGAUACUAUACAGGAAGCUCAAACCAAGCAAGAUGACAUUAGCACAAACUCCAGCCGUCGAUGAAAAUUACAAGAGAAUUCCCUAUCAUGCACUAUUUAGAGGAACUAAUGAAUUUUCAGAAGUGAACUUGCUUGGGAGAGAAAGUUAUGGCGCUGUUUAUAAGUGUGUUUUGGACACCGAAGAAUUAACACUGGCUGUCAAGGUGUUUAAUCUUGGUCAAUCUAGGUAUUCAAAGAGUUUUGAGGCUGAAUGUGAGGCCAUGAGAAGGAUACGACACCGUUGUCUCAUCAAGAUCAUUACUUCUUGUUCGAGUAUCAACCAUCAAGGUCAAGAGUUCAAGGCAUUGGUUUUUGAGUUCAUGCCAAAUGGUAACUUGGAUCGAUGGCUUCAUCCGAAAUCUCAAGAGCCCAAUACAAACAACACACUCAGCCUUGCCCAGAGGCUUGAUAUUGUUGUCGAUAUUGUGGACGCUGUAGAAUAUCUGCACAACUACUGCCAACCAUUGGUAAUCCAUUGUGAUCUUAAGCCAAGCAACAUUCUUCUUGCUCAAGACAUGAGUGCACGAGUUGGAGAUUUUGGCAUAUCAAGGAUCCUUCAAGAAAAUACAGGCGAGGGGAUGCAAGCUUCUUCAACUGGGAUUAGAGGUUCCAUUGGCUAUGUUGCUCCAGAGUAUGGAGAAGGCUCUGUUGUCUCAACAGCUGGUGAUAUUUAUAGUCUUGGCAUAUUAGUGCUUGAGAUGUUUACUGGAAGGAGCCCAACAGAAGGCACAUUCCAAGAUUCGUUGGAUUUGCGUAAGUUUGUCCAGGAUGCUCUUCCAGAUAGAGCCUUUGAGAUAGCAGACACAACAAUGUGGCUGCACAUCGGGCACCAUGAUAACAUUGCAAGUAUUGGAAUUCAGGAGUGCUUGGUCUCGAUCUUCAGGCUUGGCAUAUCCUGCUCAAAGAAACAGCCUCGAGACCGAGCUCUGACGAGAGAUGUAGCGACAGAGAUGCAUGCAAUCAGAAAUGCACACCUCAAGUUUAUUGGGAGGCCUGGAGCAGAAAGAGAAGCCUCGACUAGAGAAAUUCAGAGCAUCGUCGAAUAA